AUGCUCACAACGAAGAAAUCCGGUCCAAACUUUCUGGAUUCCUUGCAGCAAAUUGCGAAUAAGAAUGAUGGUCCUCUCCAAAGUCAUCUUGAAGCCAAGGUGCAGUUGGAGCUUGGCCGCGCAACCAGCCCUCAGCAGCUCUAUAGGUUUCAGAAGCCUGAGAACUUUACCUAUGAACUACGACACACACAUUUACCCGCAUCGAAGAGGAUAAGAAGGAAGGCUGAUGAAACAAUGCAGCCUCACCUACGCGAAUUUGCUGCUUCUGUGGAGAGUCGUAAUGCGGGUUCCGUAGCGACAGCAUUGUCACUGUGGGAUUCUCAAUUGGAAGAGAAAGACAGUGACAUUCUGCGAAUGAUUCAGAAAGCCAUUCGACCACCCGCAAAAAAAUCUAUUACUCAGGUGGCCCCAAAUGAUGAAAGCACCAUUCGUGGGCUGCAAACGGAUGAAGACUGUAUUGCUUUCUUUGCCGCCCAUGGUUCAGGUAGUCAGGUGAAAUACGUCUACUUGGAACGUGCGCCUCAAGUACUAGAUUUUAGGCCAUAUGACCUCUCUGUCUGUACUGCAAAACGUGGAGUGGAAGAGAGGGAGCAUUAUAUCAUGAGUGCAACGGGAGUUGUUCACGUUCGACCAGGACAACCUUCUGAAGUUGUCAGUUUGGCAGAAUGGAUGAGAGAGUCGUCCUUGUUUGAUGUUAUUCGUAGAAUCCAUUUCUUCAAGACAUACCUGGUAUAUAAGGCUUUUCUUCGGUGGCACAAAAAUUCCAGGGCGAAACAGUUUUUAAGGACUCGGAAAUCACUUUCGCUGGAAUUUUUGCUAUCAAAGGCUACCUUCAGUACUCCUGUUGUGGAUAUUUUGAAGAGCUCUUAUGAGCUUACUACACACUCACCCAUUCUAUACGAAGCACAGGGCAAACAUGACUACUUUAUUGAUGAUUUCAGAGCGCAACAGUCAAAGCAGCGACAAAAAAGUAUUGCAGUUUUGGGUACCUGUAUUGAUCACAUUGAAUCAACUGUCACAAAACUGAUUGAAACUAUGAAGCGUAAGGCGGAUGUCCCUGACCUUAAUACGAGAGAAGCGUUAGAACAGUAUCUGCUUGCUAAUGCGUUGGUGUCAGGGAACAAGUCGCUCCGUUCUCAAAGAAAAAUGAAGUCCAUGCAUGAUGCUCGAGAGGAGCAAUUUCAAAGAAUGCGUGAGCUAAAGCGGAGUAUGGUGGAAUACUCUCAAAUAGAUGAAUUUGUUCGUCUGGUGGAUUGUAUUAUAUCUGAAACGGUCUUUCGGACUACUCUCUCAUCUGUACAGACACUAUUUAACACUCUUCGAAACCAAGAUAAUCAGGAAAUACGAUCCAUUGGAUUCCAGGUUUUGUUGCAGUCUACACAAACUCAAUUGUUGUUUAACCCAACCGAGAAAGCUAUUCGAGCCGUUUGUUUGGAAGUUAUUGCAGGAUGCAUUGAAGUUGCAAAUUCAACGGCGCGUUUGUGUAACCAAAAACAUUUGAAGGCUUACUUUUCAAAAAUACCUCGGGUAUGGAACAUGGCUCAAUUGCUUGCAUCCGACGCCCGUAUGCUUUUCCUUCAAGAGAGUACCCUGCAAUUGGUGGGUCACGACUAUGCGCAAGCAAACACCAAAAUGCAAACCUAUGCUAUUACACUACCCCAUAUUCAUUUUCUGGAGCGAGAAUGGAGCGAUAUCCUGGAUGAAUGGGAGAGAGAAACUGGAGAAAAGCCUCUCUCCUCUGUAAGCUUGGCUAAAUUGUAUCUCAAACUACAAGAAGCCCAUGAUGCACUACGUGUAUUGAUGGCAUCCUUUGUGGGUCAUAUGCUGUGGAUCAAUGCUGCCAAAUUAAAGACUGAAAUUGAGCCACGUAUGCGGGUUAUUCGUGAAGGUAUUGAUGCAACACUCCGUGCUAUUACAAGGGAUGCCAUUGCAGCGCUACAUGUUUACUUUAAGCAGAAAAGCCAAUUACUUAGCGAGCGUCCUGCUCAGCUGCAAGACUUUGCUGAAUAUGUGGCAAAUUACAAGGCCAUUGUAAAUGAGUCAGCUGAUACAGAGGUCAAACUUGCCCAGGCGGAUGCUCUUUGUGAACUAAUGGACCGGCAACAGGUUGAGUUUCUGGAUGAUGAGGAUAAGCAGCUUAAGGAAAGAACUCUGGGAAGCAACAGCAGCACAUCCAUGUCUCUUCGGAUCGUCUUUGAUGAUGCAAGACUUCAAGCGGAGGCAUUUAUUGAGGAGAAUUUGCCUAUGCACACUCAGACUCUGGAAGAGACUGUGGCUAGUGUGGAAGAUGAAUGCAUUGGUAUAAAGCAGAUUAUAUCUGGUGAUGAGUUUGUUGUGUUGACUGACAACAUUGAACCUAUUAUACAGUACUUGGAUGAUAUCAAGGUCAAGCUUGCCGAAAUCGAAGAAAGCGAAAGACAACUCACCCGUUAUGCCAAGUUAUUCGAUGCUUCUGCUAUUGACUGGUCGUCUCUUUACGAGAUGGCUAACUUGCUUGCUGUGCGCUAUGAAACUUGGACACUGUUUGACAAGUUUCUUCGCAGCAGAGAGCAAUGGUUUAUGUGCUCCUUAAAAGAGCUUGACACGCGUGCCAUGGAGGACCAGGUCAAUGCGAUGGUUCGACAGUCCGUUGCCCUUAGCCGACAGAUCCAAGAGAAGGAAUACGAAGACGAGGUUACACCACAUCUCCUCUUAGAGCUUCAGGCACUUCGUGGCAGCAUGCAAGUUAUUCAUGACUGUGGAAACAAACACAUGACACCUGCACACUGGAAUAUUGUAUUGAAGGCAGCCACCGGUGCUGACAAUCGCUAUCAUGAGGGACUUAACUUGCAAACCCUUCAAGAGUACAACAUUAUGGACCACAAAGAUAUCCUUGCAGAGCAGUCUGGGUUUGCCACAGGUGAGUGGAGGAUUGUUAACGAUCUUGAUAAAAUCAAGGCCGCGUGGGAUGUUCUUCCUUUUGAGACCAUACCAUACAAGAAUCGUGAAGGCGUUUUUAUUUUAGCUCAGUUGGAAGAUGUCAUUCAACAGCUUGAUGAUCAUCAACUUGAGCUUCAAACGAUUAUGGCGUCUCGUUUUGUGGCACCAGUUCGGGAGCGUGUGGAGGAGUGGAUUCGGAAUCUGCGGCUUGUGGGCGAUGUCAUUGAGGAGUGGGUCACUCUACAAAAAAAUUGGAUGUAUUUGGAGUUUAUAUUUUCCUCUGAUGAUAUCAAGGCGCAACUUCCUGAGGAGAGUGCCCAGUUUACUUCAGUAGAUGACCUCUUUCAGACGCUAACGAUGCGGGCAAACACGACCAAGAAUGUAUAUCAGAUUUGCACAGAUGAUGGUGUGCUGGAGCAACUAAAAGAGAGCAAUUUGGCCAUCGAUCACAUCCAGAAGAAACUAGAGGACUACUUGGAGACGAAGCGGGUUGCAUUUCCACGCUUUUACUUCCUUUCAAAUGAUGAGUUGCUUUCUAUUCUGUCAGAUGUGCGUAACCCAAAGGCCGUACAGCCUCACCUAUCCAAGUGUUUUGACUCAAUUGCAGCCCUUGCUUUUCAUGGUGACGAAUGUGCGGAAAUCGUGGGAAUGUUGUCUGGGGAAAGCGAGGAAGUGAAAUUUGAGAAGACUGUCUAUCCAGUGGGUAACGUGGAGCAGUGGUUGUGUCAGAUUGAGGCGAUGAUGAAGAGCUCAUUGUUGAUGCAUAUGCGUAAGACAGUUGAAGCGUAUCCGCAACGCGUGCGUGAGGAGUGGUUUUUUGAACAUCCUGCUCAAUGUAUUCAAGCUGCCGAUAUGGUCGUAUGGACUGGGGAAGUUGAACAGGCCAUAAAUUUGGCCUCUUUAGAGGCAUAUCAUGCAUCGUACCAGCAACAAAUUCUGCGCACGGUUGAUCUUGUGAAAAAAUCAUUAACGAAGCUUCAACGGACACUUGUUUGCACGCUUAUUGUAUUAAACGUCCAUAGUCGCGAUAUUGUGCAAACGCUACAUGAGUCCAAUGUGACAUCCGUUGCUGAUUUUGCGUGGGCUCAGCAACUUCGUUACUAUUGGGAAGCUACUGAAGCAGGAAACUCAGAGAUGAGUGUUGGAAUUCGCCACUGUGGAGCACAUCUUUGGUAUGGUUACGAGUAUUUGGGUAAUCAGCCGCGUCUCGUAAUUACUCCCUUAACAGAUCGUGCCUUCUUGACAUGUACGAGUGCCUUAGCAAUGAAUCUUGGUGCCGCUCCGCAGGGACCUGCUGGUACUGGAAAGACAGAGUCCGUCAAGGAUUUAGGCAAGGCGCUUGCCAGACAAGUAGUUGUGUUUAACUGUUCUGACGGUAUAAAUUACAAAACCAUGUCUCGCAUGUUUGCUGGUCUUGCCCAAGCAGGCGCAUGGGCGUGCUUUGAUGAAUUCAACCGUAUUGAGUUAGAGGUGCUUUCUGUGGUGGCACAGCAGAUGCUUGACAUCACCACUGCUCUCGCACAAAACCUAAAGCAUAUGUACUUUGAUGGACAUCCAAUUAAGCUGAGUAAAAAUUUCGGUGUCUUUAUUACUAUGAAUCCUGGUUAUGCCGGCCGUACUGAAUUACCAGAUAACCUAAAGGCGCUGUUCCGUCCGAUUUGUAUGAUGAUUCCAGAUUAUGCCCUUAUUGCCGAAAUCAUGUUUUACUCGGAAGGCUUUGCCGAUGCAAGAACCUUGGCGAGAAAGAUGGUGCAGCUUUAUAAGCUGAGCUCGGAGCAAUUGUCCAAGCAAGAUCACUACGAUUUUGGUAUGCGUGCGGUGAAGUCAAUUCUUGUCUUGGCAGGCGGACUAAAGCGGCAGCAUCCUACGGAGAAUGAAGAUAUGUUGUUGAUCCGGGCCAUGCGUGAUGCCAAUGUGCCCAAGUUCCUCCGCGAAGACACCGUUCUUUUCAUGGCCCUCAUCAAGGAUCUCUUUCCCACCAUCAAGAUUGAGGAGUCUCAAUAUGAUUUGCUGCUGCACUAUGUGAAGCAGGAAAUGGAAAAAGAGGGCCUGCAGGUAGUAGAGGGCUUGGUGACAAAGGCGCUGCAGCUAUACGACACACUUGUCGUUCGUCACGGUGUGAUGCUUGUGGGGCAAACGUACAGUGGAAAAACGACGAUUCUGCGCACUCUUCAAGGCGCUUUAACCCAGAUGAAGCUGGACGGUCACGACCCUGAAGCUGCAACGCCUCUAGUUAAUCCAGUGCAUAUUCAUCUUCUCAAUCCCAAGUCCGUCACGAUGGGCGAGUUGUACGGGCAGGUCAAUGAAAUUACGCGUGAGUGGACGGACGGCAUCAUUAGCAACAUCGCCCGCGGCAUUACACGGGAAGCCCAACACUCCGCUGAUCGCCAGUGGAUUGUGUUUGAUGGCCCUGUCGACGCCCUCUGGAUUGAGAACAUGAACACGGUGCUGGAUGACAACAAGCUCCUCUGCUUGUUUAAUGGUGAGCGUAUUAAGCUCCCCUCUACGGCGACGUUUAUGUUUGAGGUGCAGGAUUUGGCCGUUGCCUCCCCCGCCACCGUCUCGCGUUGUGGUAUGGUCUUUUCGGAGCCCUACUACGUCGAUGGGGGGCGUGGCUGGAUCCCAAUUGUCAAGAGCCUCAUCGCACAAAAGGCCGCAUUGUUCCCAAAGUUUCGCGCCGAGCGCGUGACGGAGCUGCUGAACCAACUACUUCCCAUGACGCUUGACUUCAUACGAAAAGAAUGCCGUGAGUGGAUUGUGUCUGUGGAUGCCCAAUUGGCAGUGUCGUGCGUAGAACUACUCGCGUCCUUUAUACGCACACUUGACGAUGAGAGUCUCCUACCCAAUGUCCUGCGCUCUCCCGCAGCCCAGGAGAAGCCUGACGUGGACGAGGAUAUCGUACUGCAGCCGGAAAAACGACGUGCAUCCCACGCCGCACCGCUAGUCCGUGAGCCGGAUGAAUUUCGCCCGCCCACCAUCACAGAUGAGACGGUGGAGACAAACGAGGAUACCCUGUGCGACAUGUAUUUUAUGAUGUCGUUUGUGUGGUCGGUCGGUGGCAACCUCUCCGAUGAUUCCCGGGAACUUUUUAACCGCUUUGUGAAGGAGCGGUUUGUGGAACUGUUGCCUGGCAAGAUUUCCAUGGAUGAUCAACUCAGCGUCUACGACUACGUGGUGCACAAGCCCUCGAUGCAGUUUGUCACAUGGCGCCAUUUAGUUCCUAGCUUCUUUUUCAGCGCCGAUCUGCCCUACUUUGAGCUUAUCGUUCCCACGGCGGAGACGGUGAGCGUGACCACGUUGCUGGGCGUGCUCGCGGCGAGCUCGCGCCACGUGUUACUGAAUGGUGUCACCGGCACGGGUAAAUCCCUGGCUAUGCUGAACUUUGUCUCCACCGUGCUCCACGGCGAUGAUCCCUCUAGUCACUGGGAGUACUUUACGACUGUCCUGAGUGCGCAGAGUCGUGCCCGCGACAUUGAAGACCGGCUGGAGGGGAAGUUGUACAAGGUGCGUAGCAACGCCCUUGGGCCAUCGCCUGGAAAGCGUGUGGUGUUUGUGAUUGAUGACCUGAACAUGCCAGCGCUUGAAAAGUAUGGUGCCUCGCCUCCGCUGGAGUUGUUGCGGCAGCUCAUCACACAGGGCGGUUUCUACGACAAGCGCAAGUCCCCUGCCACGUUUAAGGAACUUCACGAUAUCGUUUACCUUGCCGCCUGCGGUGUGCCUGGGGGCGGCAGAAACGAGAUGACAAAGCGGUUGGUGUCACGAUUUCACCUGCUGUGUCAGCCGGUGUUUAGUGACCACUCCAUCCGUCGUAUCUUUGGCUGUAUCUUGCACGGUUUUCUCUCCGAGUGGGAGGAGGCGGGCGUGAGAAACUUGUCCCGGGAUUUGGUGGAGGCCAUCAAGCAAUGCUACGAUCGCAUCAGCCGCGAGAAGCUUCCGACGCCGAAGCGGUCACACUACACCUUCAACUUGCGUGACUUCAGCAAGGUGGUGCAGGGAAUUAUGCAGGUCUCACCGCACAGCGCCCCCACUCGCGAGACUGUGCUUCGCGCCCUCGUCCACGAGGUCAGCCGCGUCUUUCACGACCGCCUCAUCGAUGACACAGACCGGCAGUGGUGGUGGGGCGCGUUGGGUGAGGUGAUGCAUGGCGUGUUUCAAAUGCCGUGGGACCCGGAGCUGGAGAACGUGCUCUUUGGCGACUACAUGCGGCGCGAUCGCUCCAUGUACGAGGAGGUCGUCCCCGGGGACGCGCUGCAUGAGACACUCACCGAAUACCAGAAGAAUUACGCGAUUGACUGCAACAAAAAUGUGGAGCUGGUGUUCUUUAAGGACGCAAUCCAUCACAUUUCACGCAUGUGCCGCAUCUUUAGACAGCCUCGCGGGCACGCUCUCCUCGUGGGAAUGGGUGGGACAGGGCGGCAGUCGCUGUGUAAGCUGGCCGCUUUUAUUUGCGACCUGCCGGUGUACGGAGUGUCCAUCACACGCAACUUUUCCAUGACAGAGUUUCGCGACCGCAUGAAGGAAAUCCUGCUGGCAAGCGGUUGCAAGAAUCAGCCUGUGAUGUUCUUCCUCUCGGACGCACAAAUUGUCUGGGAGGAGAUGCUGGAGGACGUCAAUAACCUCCUCAACACCGGUGAGGUGCCAGGACUAAUGCAAAACGAGGAUGUGGACCAAAUCGUGGAGGCUGUUCGACCACUUGCCACCGCCGCUGGUAAAAAAGAGACGCGCAACGUCAUCUUCUCCUACUUUGUUUCGCUCUGUCGUGACAACGUGCAUGUGGUCCUGGCCAUGUCACCGGUUGGUGAGCCCUUCCGUCGUCGUCUGCGAAUGUUUCCCUCGCUCGUUAAUUGCUGCACAAUCGACUGGUUUGACCAGUGGCCUGCGGAUGCCUUAAGCUCCGUUGCCUCACGCAUCUUUGCAUCACUGGCGCUGGAGGACGAUGUAAAGGAGCGUCUGAUCCAGCUCUGCGUCGCCAUCCACGUGGACGUGCAGAAGCGCUCCGACGAAUUCUUUGAGGAGCUGCGUCGUCACAACUACACCACGCCUAGCUCGUACCUGGAGCUGCUUACGUGUUAUCAACGCUUACUGGGUGAGCAGAGUGAACAGAUCACGAGCCAGGCGAAACGCUACCAGGGUGGGCUUGACAAGCUGCAGAGCACCCAGGUGCUUGUGGAUGAGAUGAAGGAGCAGCUGGUUCUCAUGCAACCCAGGCUGCUGCAGGCGGCGAAGGACACGGAGGAGAUUAUGGAAAAGGUGAAGCAGGAGCAAGGGGUUGCCCAGGUGGUGCGGGAGGAAUGCGCAAAGGAGGAAAAGGUGGCGAUAGGCAUCCGUCGUGAGGCGGAUGGGAUUCGUGCGGAGUGUCAGGCGGAGCUUGACAAGGCGCUGCCUAUUCUGAAGGCCGCAGAGGACGCCCUUGCCGAGCUGCGACCGGAAGACAUCCGCGAGGUGAAGAGCUUUCAAAAACCGGCAGCUCGUGUCGUACUUGUGCUUGAGGCGGUGCUGAUCUUGCUGGGGGAGCGGGACCUUAGCUGGGAGCGUGCGAAGCUUGUCAUGAGUCGCAUGGAUUUCAUCAAGGACCUGCAAAACUACAAACGGGAUGAGUUGACCGAGCGCAUCGUGCGGGCGAUACAGAAGUACAUCAACAACCCUGACUUUCAGCCAGAGGAGGUGGAGAAGAGCUCCAAGGCCUGCAAGUCCCUCUCCAUGUGGGUGCUAGCCAUCAACAACUACUACGAGGUGGUGAAGGUGGUGGCGCCGAAGCGAGCACGGCUUGCGGAGGCUGAGGCAAAGCUUAGCGUCGCCAACAAGGCCUUGCAUGAGGCGCAGGAGCGGUUGAGGGGCAUUGAAAAUGAAAUCAGUGAUCUCAAACGCACCAUGCAGGAGAACAUUGAAAAGAAGGAGCAGCUUGAGAAGGAUAUUGAUCUCACCAUGGUGCGCCUCGAGCGUGCGGAGCAACUCAUGAGUGGGCUCUCGCGGGAGCAGGAUCGUUGGUCGAGUACCAUUGAAUUUUUACUGGACGAGUUAAAAGGUUUACCUGGCAAGGUGGCUCUGGCCGCUGGGUUUGUUGCUUAUCUUGGCCCCUUCACCGCCCCCUACCGCACACGCAUGCUGGAGAACUGGCUGGAGCAGUGCAAGAAGCUGGAGGUGCCGAUCAGUAGCACUACCUUUGACCUCACCAGCAUGGUCACCCCGUUGCAGGUGCAGCACUGGACCAACAAGGGACUUCCGCAGGACCCGGUAAGUAUUCAGAAUGGCGUCAUCACGCACAAGUCGAAGCGUUGGUGUCUGUGCAUUGACCCGCAGGGACAGGCGGCCCACUGGGUUCGGGCGAUGGAGCGUGACAACAACCUGCGCGUCAUUAAACUCACGGACCCAACGUAUAUGCGAGUGCUAGAAAAUGCGAUUCGUGUGGGGCUUCCUGUGUUGCUGGAGAAUGUUGAGGAAACCGUGGACGCCGCCCUCGAUCCUGUUCUCCUCUGCCAAACCUACCGCUCACAGGGGCGACUUCUGCUCAAGUUGGGCGAUACGGAAAUUGACUACGACCCGGCGUUUCGGCUGUACAUGACAAGCAAGCUGUCAAACCCGCACUACCUUCCCGAGCUUCAGAUUAAGGUGACGGUGAUUAACUUCACUGUCACGCAGGGCGGGCUGGAGAAUCAACUGCUGGCCGAUGUGGUGCGCUACGAGUACGCCGAACUCGAGACACGAGCCACCAAAACAGUAAUGAGCAUUGCCAAUGGCAAGAACCAGCUCAAGGAGAUUGAAGAUCGCAUCUUGAACUUGCUCACCUCCUCUACAGGCAACAUUCUUGACAAUGAGCCUCUCGUGACCACGUUGAGGGAGGCGAAGGAGACCAGUGAGGCGGUGACGACCUCCCUUGAGGUGUCGGAAAAGACGCAGAAGGACAUUGAAGUGGCGCGUAACCGCUACCGCCCCGUCGCCACACGUGGUGCCAUCAUCUACACCGUCAUUUCACAACUUGCGGGGCUGGAUCACAUGUACCAAAUCUCCCUUGACUUUUUUAAGCAUCUCUUUGUCCAGUCGCUGCAGCGCACGGAGAAGGCCGAUGAGGUGGAGAAACGUGUGGCCCUACUCUUGCCUGCCAUGACGUUCAACUUUUAUAGUACCGUUUGUCGUGGUCUGUUUGAGAAGGACAAACUGCUUUUUGUGGUGAUGAUGUUUGUGCACAUCUUCCGGCAUGAGGGGGUGGUGCGGGACGAGGAGUGGGAGUUCCUCCUGAAGGGCAGCGAGGGCCGGUUGCUCGUGGACGCCGAGACGGAUAUUUGGCCGGUGUGGAUGAAUGAGGGGGCGUGGAAUGAGUUAACCGCGCUCUCGCAGGCGCUCCCGGAUGAGUUUGGCGAGAUUAAGGACACCAUCUACGACAACGAGGCGGAGUGGUCCAGCUGGUUUGCGAGCGACAAGGCGUAUGAGUGGUUCCCCGACUCCAUCGCCUCCCUCACCCCGUUUCAGAAGCUGCUGGUGCUGAGGGUGUGCCGCGAGGACCUGACAAGCCACGGCCUCUCCGUCGUCUGCGCGCACUACCUUGGCAAGGCCUUCACGGAGAGCCCCGCCUUCGAUCUCGAGGGCUGCUUCGCCGACAGCAGCCCGACGGCGCCGAUUAUCUUUGUGCUCACGCCCGGCAGCGAUCCCACCGUGCUAUUCACUGAAUUUGCGGAUCGCAAGGGGUUUGGCGACAGAAAACUGACACUCUCGCUGGGUCAGGACCAGGGACCGAAGGCGGAGGCGAUGAUUCAACAAGCCUCCUCUGAAGGCAAGUGGGUGUACUUGCAAAACUGUCACGUGUACGACUCCUGGAUGCCGUCGCUGGAGCGCUGCCUGGAGGAGUUGCAGGCCUCCGCCAACGUUCACAGCGAGUUCCGACUGUGGCUCACGACGAUGCCGACGCGCAGCUUUCCCGUCUUGCUCCUGCAGUCCGGUGUGAAGCUGGUGAAGGAGCCACCAAAGGGACUGAAGGCAAACAUUCGUGACAGCUUCUCCAUCGAGGUGACGCCGGCCUUGUGGGACAGUCGCCCAGCGAACCCGGCCCCGUGGCGCCGGCUGUUGUGCUCACUCACCUACUUCCACGCCGUGAUACAAGAGCGGCGCAAGUUUGGCCCGCUUGGCUGGAAUAUCCCAUAUGAGUGGAAUCAGUCGGAUUUCUCUGCGGCGCUGCAUUCACUCUCCGAGUACAUCCCUCAAGAUGCGGAGGCGCAGGUGCCGUGGAGUGCGCUACGGUACAUGGUUGGCAUUAUUAACUACGGUGGCCGCGUCACAGACUUUCUUGACACGCGCUCGCUUGUGAAUCUCCUGCAGGCCUACUUCAGCGAGGAGGUGGUGACGCCGGGGCAAUUCAACAUCACAGCAGACGGCGUCUACUGCAUCCCAGCCGAGUUGGAGUCGCUCGACGGGAUGAAGGAGUACCUCGGCAACCUGCCACCCUUUGAAAGUCCGGAGCUCUUUGGGCUGCACGCCAACGCUGACAUUAGCUGCAACCGGGCCACGGUUCGCAGUCAGCUGGCCUCCAUGCUUUCCGUGCAGCCGCGCAGCAAGGGAGCCCUGGGACGGAGCCCUGAAGAAAAGAUUCUCGAAAUGGUGGCCGAGUUUGAGCGUCUGCUGCCCCCGCUGAUCGACAAGACGCGGGCGAGCCCUGAGACGUACCAAAUCACAGAGGAUGGCACGAUGAUCUCGCUGGGCACCGUGGUGAGUCAGGAGAUUGACGUCUUUAACGCCAUUGUCAAGAAGCUAAGGCGGACCCUACUGCAGCUGAAGCGUGGCAUAAAAGGCGAGGUUGUCAUGUCGUGGGAUCUGGAAGCCAUGUUUGAUGCCUGUCUCCUUGGUCAGGUGCCGCAGGUGUGGCACGAGGGCGGCUACCUCUCCCGCAAGCCGUUGGCCUCGUGGUUUCAAGACACCCUGCAGCGUGUGGAGUUCUUCCGGGACUGGAACGACAACGGGAUACCGCUAAGUUUUUGGCUCUCCGGCUUCUUCUUCCCGCAGGGCUUUCUCACGGGUGUGCUGCAGGCCCACAGCCGCGAGCACAAGAUUCCCAUCGACGACAUCCGCUUCCGCACCGAUGUGACGCGGUACGAGUUGGUGGACGACGUCGUGACGACCCCAACCUCCGGGGUGCUGAUUCACGGCCUCUUCCUGGAGGGCGCCCGCUUCAACAUCGCCGGGUUCAUGCUCGACGAGAGUCGACCGCGCGAGUUGUACACCUCCAUGCCGGUGAUCCACCUUGAUCCGGUGCGGCUGAAGGAGCACGUCGCGACAGAGUCGACCUUCGAGUGCCCGGUGUACAAGACGUGCGCCCGAGCCGGGGCGCUGUCGACGACGGGGCUCUCAACAAACUUUGUCGUGCUGCUCGACCUCAACGUGGGGUCGGCGACACCGGAGCACUGGGUGAGGCGCGGCGUGGCGCUCUUGUGCAUGCUGGACGAUUGA